AUGGCGGAGAAAGAAACGAUAGAAAUACUGCUGGAGAACGCCAUUGACUGGAUUACUCAGCACCUCUAUCUCACAUUCGGGGUGUUGGUCGUGCUGCAUUUGGGAGUCGCGUGGUGGUUGAAGAGGAGGCCGUUGGCGGUGUGGAACAGUGAGCCGUUGAAGGUUUCUGAGGUGUGUGUGGAUCUCUGUCUCGAUUUGGAGAUAUACAUCUACCCCAUCAAGUCUCUGCGAGGGUCCCGGGUGUCCUCCGCCGUUGCGACGAAGUAUGGGUUGAAAUAUGAUCGUACCUUCAUGCUCCUCAAACGCACCCCGACAGGCCUCCAAAACCUCGCCGUCUGCAACCACUACAUCAUGACCCAAUUCCUGACCUCCCUCACCGCUCCCACCCCAACCACCCCCGGCACCCUAACCAUAACCUUCAUCUCCCCUUCCGGCCCCACCGUCCUCCCCCUAACCAUCCCCCUCGAACCCCGCGUCACAUCCCUCGAAACCCUAGACAUAGAAAUGCACCACAGCGCCACGACCGCAUACCUCAUGCCGGAGACGUACUCGGCGUGGUUCACCACAUGCUUCGGCUUCGACGUCGUGCUGGCGUACCUGGGGGAGAAUAGGAGGGAUGUGUUGUUCGAGGAGCUGAAGGGGAGCGGGGAGAAGAUUACGUUUGCGGAUUGUGCGCCGUAUCUCCUCGUUUCUGCUACGUCGUUGGAUGCUGUGUCGGCGUUGUUGAAUGAUGAGGACGGAAGUGACACCGACGCGGGAGAAGAGAGGGGAAAGGAGAAAGGCAAGGACAGGAAACAGAUGGAUAUUACGAAAUUCCGACCCAACAUCGUCAUCUCCGGAGCGGCUUCUCCCUGGGAAGAGGACUUUUGGUCGCGUCUUCUCAUCCGUCACUCCACUCCGCCCUCCCAGCCCAUACACCUCCGCCUAGAGCACAACUGCGUCCGCUGCAGAUCCAUCAACGUGGACUACGCCACCGGCAAGAAAGCGCAAGGGAAAGAGGGCGAAGUCUUAAAGUUAUUGCAGGCGACGAGACGGGUGGAUGAGGGCAUGAAGUGGAGUCCUGCAUUUGGGAGGUAUGGGUUUUGGGGCGGUGGGAAGGAAGAGGACGCGAGGAUUAGCGUCGGGGAUGAAGUGUUGGUUACGAAGGUGAAUGCCGAGAGGACGAAAUUCAGUUGGAAGUUGCAUUGAAAGGACUACUAUGAGUUGGCAAAUUAAGGCCAGGUUGGGCUCAAGUUCUUGUGACUUGUUUUAUUUGUGCGGGACUGGAGUCCAGCUGCUACGCUUAGUGCGGUCUCUCGGAUAGCUAGACACUUGGAAGACAGCGUGAAUGGUCGCUUCCACCUUGCAACCUCCGCAGUUCUUGGAAAAUGCCAGUACUUGAGUAUGAACCCCAUUUUCACCCCUCUCCCUCCCCACCAAUCACAACUUUUCCUCCACG